GUCCCUCUUUACAAAAUCCUUAUCCCGCGCCUGCCUAGCUGCCUGAAUACAAGUGUAAGGUCAAAGUCAAUAUCCCAUUAUUUACGUUUCAUCGGUGUCAAUAUCACGAUGACGAUCGACAUAUCAGAGAGCGAGCUACCUCUAUUAAUCCCUUACAGUCAUUAUCUCAGAGAGACUGACUAGAGUGUACAGAAAGUUGGAAUCCGGAAAACAUGUCUACCGUGAAGCCACGUUUUACCUAUUUCGCCGGCAGAGGACUGGGAGAAGUUACCCGCUUGGCUUUGAAUGCUGCUAAAGUGGAAUAUGAUGAAAUUUACCUCCAAUCCAGAGAAGAAUUCUUACAGUUGAUCACAGAUGAUAAACUUUUGUUCAAGCAAGUUCCUCUGUUGGAGAUGGAUGGCCAGAAUCUAACUGGGAGUGAGGUCAUUCUUCGCUAUGUCUGCAACAAAUACAACUUCCAAGCAAAAUCUGACAAGGACCAAGUCAAACUUGAGAUGUUAUGCUUGGGGGCGAGGGACAUGCUAAAAUCAGGAUUCUCCGCCGCCCAGUUCCAGAAAACACGGGAGGAACAAGAAGCGAUGCUACAAGGUGCCGUCAAACAAUGCAAGAACAGAUAUUUUCCAGUCUUCGAAAAGGUCUUGGGUGAGAGUAAGUCUGGAUUCCUAGUAGGAGAUUCGCUCACCAUGGCUGACUUCAUGGUCUUUGAUGGUCUCAGCUACGUGAACGAGAUCCCUAACAUCAAACCAUUGCUAGAUGACUUCCCGAACCUCAAGGCAUACAUCAAACACUUUUCCAACCAACCGGGGCUUAAGGAGUACCUUAACAGCCCCAGACGUCAUGCACCUCCCGACGAUGAGUAUGUACGGGUGGUCAACCUGGUGCUGGACUGGUAAUCGUCAUGGCGGUCGACAACUACUUGGUAGUUAAUUUUUUUUUCUACAUAAAAACUCGGCGGUUUAAGGUUUCCUCGAUUUUUGAUUUUUUUUUGUGUGUGUGUAAUUUUUUUUUCUCGUUUAUUUGUGAUUAAAGAGGUUUUUAAGCAUUCAGGCCUUCGCAUACUUCUCUAUACUUCGAUGUUGUACACGUACAUUAUUUUGCUGAAGGAACAUUUCUCUGUAAAGAAAAAUAGGCGCAGAUACUGUUUGCGCAAUUAAACUAAGUUCAAUAACAUAUGUUUUGCAUGU